AUGAGUCAAAGCUUAGUUGUUCUCUAUAGUAUCGGAGGUACCUGUGCGUGCAUAUCUUUGAUAGCCUCAAUUCACCUGCUUGCUCAGCACUUUUGGCACUUUUCUAAGCCUGACUAUCAGAUGUAUAUAUGCAGGAUCAUACUUAUGGUACCUGUCUAUGGGAUCACAUCGUGGAUUUCAAUGCUUUACCCUGCAAACAGAGCGUUUUUUAAUAUUUUUAGGGACUGCUACGAAGCUUUUGUGCUAUACAGCUUUACGAUGCUGUUGAUGAACUAUGUAGGAGGAGAAAGAAAAUUGAUUAUUAGUUUGGAGCUUAAAGAUAGAAUAAGCCACCCAUGGCCGUUUAAUUGAUUUUUUAAAAGUUUUACCCCUGGAAGUAUGUUUAUUCGCCUUGUGAAAGCUGGGACUUUACAGUUUGUGCUAUUCAGACCUUUAUCUUCAGCACUGACACUUUUAUUUGAAUUUUAUGGAAUUUACCACGAAAAUGCUUACAACUAUGAAGACGCUUUUCUUUAUUUAUUUGCCUUGAAUAACGUAUCCUUUUCUUUAGCACUGUAUGGGCUGUUACUUUUUUAUGUGUCUACUGAAGAAAUGCUGGAGCCUUAUAAACCACUACCAAAAUUUUUAUGCAUAAAAAUAGUGAUUUUUUUUUCUUUUUGGCAAGGUAUUUUAAUAAAUAUUUUGCAGCAGCUGGGAUUUAUUAAUGAAACUGUAGGACUGAAGCCUGAAGAAGUUGCUAUAACUCUUCAAGAGUUCUUAAUUUGUAUAGAAAUGCUUAUAGCUGCUUUUGCACAUAUGUUUGCGUUUGGGUAUGAGGAGUACACUUCAGAGGUGAACCCUGUGUUUUUGCCAAUUAAAUCAAGUGUGGCUUCAGGCUUUAAAUCUGUAUUCUUAGCAGAGGAUGUGAUAAAAGAAGUUAAAGACUCAAUAAACCCAGUUCCUUAUGAUUUUGAGCUUCACAAUUAA